CAAGUCCUGGCCCGUCGGUGGUGGUGGUCGUCGGUCGUCGGUCGUCGUCCUCUGGGUUUCACUCGCGGGGAGAUGACCGCCUGCGGGACCGGAGAUGGGUUUGGAUCGGUGACCUGGUGGGGGUUCAGCCCCGCCAUGGAUUUCCAGAAAGAAAGUCCAUCUGUCUCUACGGAGGCUCUCGGACUACAAGAAGGUGGCCUCCCAGAACUGAAUAUUCUAAUGGUCGGGGCUGGUGACAGCCGACAUCUCCUAACAACUCUCUGUCGGGCUCACCGCUGGGCACAAAGAAAGAUUAAUUUUUACAUUGUAGAAAACAAUCUGGAGCUGAUAGGACGACACCUGCUUUUUCUCAGUAUUGCUCUGGAGAGAUCCGAACAGAUGGGCUUACAAGAGAAAAGUGAGCUGUUGCUGGAGCUGUUCGGUAACAGUCUGAUUCGCAGUCAGACUGCAGCCUACCUGCAGGAAAAGGCCAAUCUCUUCAUCCGAUAUGUAACCGACCCAGAUUAUCUUCAGGAGAAAAUGCCAUUGGUCGACCUAUCUGCCCUGAAGUUUAAAGAGAGAGACCUGCUGGAAGGAACCUUUAAGUUUUGGAGGAAUCCUGACCAAAAGGUGUUUCAGAUUAAUAAAUUGUGGGAUUUACGGAACAGGAAGUAUUUGGGAAUCCGUUAUGAUAGUCGGAAAGGAGUCUAUGACUGGGACUUGCACAUGAAACUGCACGAGAGAGGAGCAGUAGUAAUUAAUAAUCAAGAAUACUUCAGGUGGAGAGAACAAGGCUUCGCUUUUGAGGUCCGAGAGGGGGUGUACGAUGUGCCCAACAAAACACUGGCUUCCGGGCUGCUUGUGAAUCAUAAAGGGGAGAAGGUUGCUGCCCGGGGGUUUUGGGGAGAUAUUGUCACAAGUCCGUUCAUUGCAUUUGGAAUUGAAACUGAAGAGAAAAGCCUUCUAAAGACAGCAAACGGCAUCCAUGUAAAGACAGCACAGAAUAUCUCCCAUUACAACAUAACAGCCUUGUUCCAUGAACUGGUGACGCGGGAGAAAUAUUCGCCAAUGGAACAACCAUCGCAGGCCACCUUGUGUGAGAUUUUUGAGGAGGAACCAACGAAAGUGGAGACGGCAAAUGAUCCUCACAAUACGAAGAAUAAAUCGACUGACAACCCUGAAGAGCAACACGAUGUGAUGAAGGAAAAAGUGCAGGCAGAAGUGCAGGAAAACAAGCUAAUGGGUGACAAAAUGUCUGAAGGAAGUCAUUCUGCAAGUGAAUAUGAUUACCUGCCUCUGCCUCAUGUGAAGAUCCACUUCUUGCCACUAAACUGCGUACCGCACCUUCACAAGAAGAGCAAAUAUACCAACCUGUUUAAUGUGAUCUACUUCUCCUGCAGUAUGCUUGACCAGCUGAAGCCAGAGCUCAAACAGACUGCCGCACCUCAAGCAACUCUACUUGUGGAGAUGGCAAAGUUUCUGCUGGAUAUCCAGAAAGAUUUAACAGCUAAGUUUGCCAGCCGGGCGACCGAAAUAGCAGAAGAGGCGGGAUUCGUGCCGUUUGGGACUAUGAACGGGGAGGAAUCCUUUGCACGGUUUGAACUGAAGGUUGAGCCGUGAUCUUUCCCCCUCCCUCCCUGGGAGGGUAGAGGGUACCUCGAUCGGAAUGGAAGCGACUCACGAGCUAUGUGGUAUCUUGUUCUUAUCCCGGGCAAUGACGCUUCUGGUAAUAGAGCUGAACUGAGUCUGCCUGAGCAGGACAUAUUCAUGCAAACCUGGAGCCACAACAUGGCUUCAACGUAGAUGUCUGAGUAGAUUGAUGUCUUGUGGUUGUUUGUGGUAUUUUAAGUUUCUGGGGUCAAAAUGCAAGCUUUUAGAAGUAACAUGGAAGACAGAAUGAAUGAAUUAUUGCAGUGAACUUGGAGACUGCAGAAUUUAAUCCUGUUCAAGGUUGUCCAUUGGGAGGUGCUGCCAAUCUCCUUGACACCCUUUUCAGUUGUGGGUUGAAUUUCAUUUGGAAUAAACGUGGUGCCUGCAAAUCACCAGAAUAAAGACUUACUUCUGUCAACUGGCAUUUUCUCACUGUUGCCCGUU